AUGGCCACUGGCAUCACAAUCUUGCGCAUCAUUAGCAAUACGUCACGGUGGCAGCCUUGGGCCGUGUGCAUCGCCAUGUUCCUCACCGUCUCGACGUGCAUCUCCGACUUUGGCGUAAGCGUCUUUUGGUGCGGCAAUCCCAUCAACACAUGGACGAUUGCGGGUUGGGCUACCGCGAACUGCGUAUUGCUAGGCGGCGCAACUGGUUCCUCGUCAUUACCCUGGGGCUCACAAUCAUCACAGGCGUUGCAACUUGCGGGAACCUUGAAGACAUUCUACGCGGCCACCAUGAACUACAACGACCUCACCUGGGCCAUUUUCUCCACCCUGGUCUGGUUCGGCAUUCAAUCUGUGCUGAUAUUCGUCUGUGGCACCGCGCCCUCGCUGCACCCGCUAUACGAGCGCUACAUCAAGACGCGCCGCCUUCGUCAUGGCUCGCAGGACUCGCCCGCCAGGGUUCGGUCAGCCACCAACGUCAAGUCAGCUGGCCAUGAUGGUUCCAAGACCUCUUCUGCCAAGGUCUCCAAGGUGCCAUGUGCAGGAGAUAGUUUCGGAGCUUGUCAAUACACCAUGAAUGACAACGAGGCGCAGCAUCAGGAGCCCAACCCGCGUCGCCAAGGUCGCGUCGGAUGUCGUCACCAGCAUCGUGUACGACACGUCGAGUGGCAAGGGCCCGACCUUGGCCAGUGUCAGCACGGACGCGCUAUUUGGUGUCGGGCAAGGUCUCGCUGCCGGAUUCAAGGCCGUGGCCCGGAGGGGGACUUCCGAGGUAGACCGGCUCCUCGAGGACGCAUCCAAGCUGCAACGGGCAAGGGGGACGGCGCGUCGUAG